AUGGUCCCGCUGUGCUGGCCUUGCCUGCACUGCUGCCCGUACCCCCCGGCAGCCAUGAGCGGGCCCCCCGCCCCGCAGCCCCCCGCCCUCUCCUACCACUACCGCAGCUUCUGCGGGGACUUCGAGCGGGUGGAGACGGCGCUGGAGCGGCUGGAGGCCAGCGGCUUCUACUGGGGCAGCCUGUCGGGGGCGGAGGCCAAGCGACUGCUAAGCCCCCACCCGCCGGGGGCUUUCCUCGUCCGCGACUCCUCCGACCACCGGCACCUCUUCACCCUCAGCCUCCGCACCGGGGCCGGCAUCACCAACCUGCGCAUCCAGCAGCAGGGAGCCGCCUUUCACCUGGAGACCCAGCCGGGGGCCCCCUGCCCGCCCGCCUUCGCCUGCGUGGUGCAGCUGGUGGAGCACUACCUGGGGCGGGCCGGGCACCCGGGGGCCCCUUGCUACGUGGAGGCCCAGGGCAGCCGCCCCGAGCCCCUGGCGCUCGCCCGCCCGCUGCGCUGCAAGGUGGCCUCGCUGCAGGAGCUGUGCCGGCGGGCCGUGCGGGCCAGCGUCCGGGCAGGGACCGGGGGGCCCGAUCUGGAGGGGCUGCCCGUGCCCCGGGCCCUACGCAACUCCCUGCGCUGCUAA